UUUUAAAAUUUUGUUAUUAAAUUAAAAGUUUUUUCUUAUAUAAUAAAAUGCUUUUAAAAAUUUAUAUAAUAACUGUGCUAUAUAUGCUGCUACAUCAAAGUGAAGUCGACUGCAAGAUAAAUAAACAUGUUAUAUGCUACCACGGAACAUGGUCCACAUAUCGAUCUUCAUACGGUAAAUUCGACGUCUCUAAUAUUGAUCCAUUUUUAUGUACUCAUUUAAUGUAUGCCUUCUUUGGCAUCGAAGAGAGUGGAGACUUGCGUAUAAUUGAUCCUUACUUAGAUUUAGAGGACAAUUACGGUCGUGGUAAUAUAAAAAAAUUUAAUGCUUUGAAAUUGAAAAAUCCAACACUUAAAACUUUGGCUGCUGUUGGUGGUUGGAAUGAGGGUUCGAAAAAUUUUUCAAUUGUAGCUGGAGAUGCCAACAAACGUGCACGUUUUGUUAAAUCAGUUGUAAGUUUUUUGCAAAGGCAUGGUUUUGAUGGAUUAGAUCUAGAUUGGGAAUAUCCACUUCAGAGACAUAAUCUUACCACACAAGAUGAUCGUAAUAAUUACAUAACGCUGUUAAGAGAACUUAAAGAGGGUUUGGAUCCGUUCAAUUACUUACUGACAGCAGCAGUAGGCUCAGCGGAAUUUUCUGCAUCCCUUUCAUACAAUAUACCAGAGGUAUCGAAAUAUUUGGAUAUUAUCAGCGUUAUGGCUUACGAUUUGCAUGGUCCUUGGGAUGAUGUUAUAGGAAUUAACGCUCCACUUUAUGGUGGUAAUAGUGAUAAAACUAAACGGGAGAAGCAGUUGAAUGUCGAUGCAAUAAUUAAAUAUUGGCUAAGCAAAGGUGCACCGAGCGAUAAACUUGUUUUGGGAAUACCAUUUUAUGGACGUUCAUUUACUUUAGAGAAUGCUGAAAAACAUACACCUGGUUCUCCUCAUCUUGGGCGUGGUAUAGCUGGACAAUACUCCGUAGAACCAGGCGUAAUAGGCUAUAAUGAAUUAUGUGAAAAAAUGCAAAGUGAAAGAUGGCAUGAAGAAUGGGAAUCCGAACAAAUGGUGCCAUAUGCUUAUCAAGGCAGACAAUGGGUUGGUUAUGAAAACUUAAAUAGCAUUAAACUGAAAGCAGAUUAUGUUAUGGAAAAGAAUUUAGCUGGCAUUAUGAUAUGGUCAAUUGAAUCAGAUGAUUUUCGUGGACAGUGUGGAGAGGAAAAAUUCCCUUUGCUUAAACAAGUCAAUAAAAUAUUGUUUGGUCUUACCGCUACAGGAAUGACUGAGGCAACAAGUAAAAUUCAAAACUUGUCAACAACAGAUGCCAAUAAAGAUAACAAAGGUAUUUCUGGAACUGAUGGUUCUUCAACAUUUAUUUUCAAAUGUGAAGGACAAAAUGGUUAUGUACGCAGUCAAUACGACUGUUCCAAAUUUUAUUACUGCGAUCCAAAUGACAAUAGUUUUUCAUUUGAAUGUCCACAUGGCCUUUAUUUCGAUUUAGAGUCGAUUAGUUGUAAUUAUGCGGAUCAAGUUAAAUGCUGAAAUAAAAUAAACUUAAAUUUAGUUAAGU